AUAGGAGGGGUGAAGGCAGCAGACAUCAGAUCCUCUCUGCAGAGACCUCUACAGCACAGAGAUCCACACAUGGCUCCUACAAUCACUGCAGCAAUGACCAACUCUCAGGAGCACCUGCCUCUGACCCACAAGCUCAGGAAGCCUCUGGUGGAGAAGUUACGCAGAGAGAGAAUCAACAGCAGCAUUGAGCAGCUCAAGUCUCUCCUGGAUCCAGAGUUCCUCAAACAGCAGCCAGACUCCAAGCUGGAGAAAGCAGACAUCCUGGAGAUGACCGUUUGUGUGCUGAGACGACUGCAGCAGCAGAAUCGUCAGGCUGUGGACUCAGCAGCUGUUGGACAGGGCUACUCCAGAUGUGUCCAAGAGGUGACCCACUUCCUGCGUGAGGAGCAGGUGGAGGCACAGUCCCGGAGAAGACUGCUGAACCACUUCAACAAGCUGCAGUCUUCCUGUGAGAAGAAGCUGAGAGAGGCUGACUUCUCUCCUCUGAGCUCCACAGUCCAGACCAGCAGCAGCAAAGACAAGAGUCCAGUGAGCAGCGCCCCCUGGAGGCCGUGGUAGACUCCUACAGGCUGCAGCUGCUACCAGAGACACUGAGAGGACCACGUUGGUCAAAGAUGACUGGAAAGGAAUUCUUCUCAAUUCUACAAUGUUCUGAAUUUGUUCUUCUGGUUGUACAGAAGUUAUUUUGUCUCUUUUCUUUGAGGAAGAUGAUAUUUCUUGAGGAAAUGACGUCAACUUUAUCUUUCAAGUUGAGAAAGAGAACGUCUUGUCAUGCAUGUUGCAUGAAGCAAAUCUGAUUGCAUCAGCAAUAAUUAUUAUACCUCACUGUGCCUCCAUUUAUUGGUGGAGUGGUGAAAGAUAUGGAUACCAAUGGUAUCUUUGAACUGUUAUUGAUCAUUUUGAUCAGAAACUCACACUAUGAACUCUUAAUCUCUCGGAUUACUGCAAACUGAUCUACUUAUUAGAUCCAAAUGUAAAUCUUUAGUUUUUCUAAAAGAUUUGUUUAAUGUCACAAUUCCUCUGUGAUAUUUUUAUUCCUUAAUGGUUUUAUUCCAUAUCAGUACAAUAUUAUACAUUGUUACUUUACUAUCAAAAAUGUCAAUUGUCCUGAUUAAGGACAGUCAUAAUUGUGUUUUUCUCCGUUUAUAUGGAGAAUGAAAAAUGAUCUGUUUUGAGAUCAUCAAGUUCAUCCUUUUAUUGUUAAAGGUUUGUUUAAUGUCACAUUGUCACAGUUUUUCAGUGACAAUGAGAAAUGUAAAAUGUAAGAUUCAGUUGAAUGAAAGAAGAACAUUACUUUCUUUAAGGUCAGUUUUCACUAUUUGUUUUUUCACAAUGUGAAAAUUCUUCAUACUGCAUUUCAAGUGUUGGUACAAUAUUAUGCAUUGGUGAUCAUUUUUACCGUGUGAUUAAUUCGAAUCAUUACUAUCAAAAAUGCUAAUUGUGCUGAUGUGGACAUUAUGGACUCAUAAUUGUGUUUUCCUCACUUUAUGUGAAGAAUGAAAAAUGAUCUGUUUUGAGAUCAAUAUGUUUAUCCUUUUAUUGUCAAAGGUUUGUUUAAAGUCACAUUGUCAGUUUUUCAGUGACAAUGAGAAGAUUCAGCAAAAAUAAUUUUAGAUUCAGUUGAAUCUUUUAAGAAGAACAUUACUGUCUUUAAGGUCAGUUUUCACUAUUUGCUUUUUCACCAUGUGAAAAUGUUUAAAUCCAUUUGGAAAAGUAUUUUUAAUUUAGUGAGUACUAUGUCCUCGUAUAUUAUAAACAGUUUGUCUUUCAUGAAGACGGUUGUUCCUUUACUCUCUGUGAGUACAGUGUGUAGAAACCUACACGUUGUUGUUGUGAUGAAUCAUCACCUCUAGUUGGAGUUUUCAUUCUUCAUGUGGCUCAUUGUGACUUUAUCGAAUAAACAAACACUUCUAACUGAAA